UACAGAUGUCCCCUUUAAAACAAAUGAAAAGCAACUCGGACUGCGAACUUAUUAGUAUUGCAGCUGAACUCGCAAAGACAAGUACCAUUCUUAAUUGAAUACUUAACGUUCGAUGUUUACUCUUUUACUGAUAUUGGGAUCAUCGGUGAUCUUGAUUUACUAUUUCUUAAUUAAACCUCAACUUUAUUGGAAGGAGAGAAAUGUCACGCAAGGACCGCCGGUUCCCAUCAUCGGAGACAACAAGAGGACAAUUCUGAGACAGGAAUCAUUCUUGGAAAUGGUCAAGAGGACUUAUAUGCGUUUCCCAAAUGAGAGAUACACUGGCAUCUAUCAGAUGACCGUUCCUACACUGAUACUGCGUGAUCCUGACCUCAUCAAGCAGAUUACCGUCAAAGAUUUCGAGUAUUUCACUGAUCACAGGAGCUUUGUCCCUGAUAAUUCCGAUCCUCUAUGGAAUAAAAACUUAUUCGCUCUCAAAGGUGAAAAAUGGCGUGACAUGAGGGCAACAUUAAGUCCAGCUUUCACGAGCAGUAAAAUGCGCGCAAUGUUCACCCUGAUCAACGAUUGCGCUAAAAAGUUCAUAGAUUUCCAUUUGGAAGCAAGCAAAGAUGGUGAAAUUACGGUAGAAAUGAAGGAUAUCUUCACGCGUUACGCGAAUGACGUUAUAGCUACGUGCGCUUUUGGAGUAACAUGCGAUUCGCUUAAAGAGCCAAAGAACGAAUUCUACGUUAUGGGUAGACAGGCGUCCGACUUCAGCAGCAUAAUUAAGAAUUUAAAAAUAUUCUUUUUCAUAUUACUACCAAAAAUUGCCAAGGUGCUCAAAAUUGCUUUCUUCAAUGAACAUGUCAGUAAGUUCUUCAAGAAUCUCGUGAAGGAAACUAUAAAGAUGAGAGAAGAUAAUGGGAUUGUAAGACCGGAUAUGAUCAAUUUGCUGAUGGAGGCCAGGAAAGGCAGGUUGAAGUACGAUGAAGAAACAAAUGUCAAUGAUAGCGGUUUUGCUACUGUCGAAGAAUCGCAUAUUGGAAAGACACAAGUGUUGAAGCAGGAGAUUACCGAUACCGAUAUUACAGCUCAGGCGUUGAUUUUCUUCUUCGCCGGAUUUGAAUCUGUAUCCACUUUGAUGUGUUUCAUGGCUUACGAACUUGCAGUCAGUCCUGACAUCCAGUCAAAACUUAUGAGCGAAGUUGAUGAGAUGUACGCUGAAUGCAACGGAAAAUUAACCUACGACAAGUUGGCUACUAUGAAGUACAUGGACAUGGUCAUUUCUGAGACCCUGAGGAAAUGGCCUUCGGCAAUAGCAGUUGAUCGUGUUUGCGUUAAACCAUAUACAAUACCUGCAGUUAAUGAAUCCGAAAGUCCGGUGCAUAUUAAGAUUGGCGAUGUUUUAUGGUUGCCUAUCAUUGGUAUGCAUUAUGAUCCUGAGCUUUAUCCGAACCCAGACACAUUCGAUCCAGACCGAUUUAGUGAAGAAAAUAAGCAUAACAUCAAAUCAAGCACGUAUUUACCGUUCGGGAUUGGUCCAAGGAACUGCAUCGGUUCACGCUUCGCCCUUAUGGAAACAAAAACCGUAUUCUUUCAUAUCCUAUCAAAAUUCGAGAUCACCGUUACAUCAAAGACGGUUGUUCCUAUUCAGAUAAGCAAGAAACAGUUCAAUAUUACCGCGGAGGGGGGUUACUGGUUGGGAUUAAAACCGAGACAAUAGUUA